AUGGCGAUGAGAGAACUUUUUCGUGGCUCGGUCUCACCGCUACCCCUUGCUGCGGGUCGUUCUUCGGUUGCGGCGAAAGAGAAGAAUUUUUUCGGACAGAUCGAGUCUAUGAUUACCGGAGUUCUGGCGCAAUUCAGUGGCUUCGACAAGGACAAAAACAACGUGCUGGACAAGAACGAGUGCCCGGCGCCCCCGCCGGGUGCGGAUGCGAACAACGACGGAAAUCUCACCCCGACCGAAAUCAUCACGCACACGUACAACAACUUCAUUUCCGUGCUGGAAGGGGCCCGUCCAGGACACGGCGAGAAACAUGAGCUCAAGAAGAGCGAGAGCGGGGGACAGAGCGAGAAGCCGACGUCCGCCAGCAUGUUAGAGCGAGAUGAUUUGGCUCCUUGGGACUACUGGAGUUGGACUUUUGGAUGUGGUGGUCUAGCACCACAUCAAGGGUGGCCAGUGGAUUACCUAUACCCGACUUCGCAGCUCCUCACCGGAGAGUUUCAAAACGUUUUCUCGGGCAGUCCUCCGGAAAACCUGGGCAAAAGCAGGCUCAACCAUCCUCCUCAUAUGAACGAGUUUUACGCUGAUUGA